UACAGGCUUUUGUGUUGACCAUGGCGUCGCAGGGCGCGGGCCUGGGCAGAAUGUGAUGGUAUUCUGUGCAAGUACCGGUAUAAGACCAGUGUCAUCGGUUAUGGAAUAACCACUCCAGUUCUUCAUCACCAUCCUCCAACUACAUGUAAUUGUAGACCGCUAUUCCAAAUCCCAUGGCAGAUGCAAGCAGCACACUGUCUUUGACGGGAGGACACGAUGGCCUACUAUGCUGCGCUAUUCUUGCGGUGGAUUCCUUCGAACGUAUUGGCUCUCCCUUCCUACUCUCUGUCCUAAAGCGAGAGUUCGGAGAUCGUUGGCGACAGCAAACUGUGGAGCUUCUGGGAGAGCAGGCUCGAUGCCAUGUGCCUAGCAAUGGAAGAGCCGCAAAAGGUGCCGGGGAGCCUGAAAAUUUCGACUUGUACCAGAUUUGCACGUUGAUGCUGAAGUUGAACAAUCGUCUCACUAGUAAAACGUCCGAUGAUGUCUGCUCCGAGAGUGAUUUACAUCGCGGUGGUAAUCGUAGUGGAGAUGGUAUGCCUUCACUUCAUUCACUAACCUGCACUUCGCCCAAAGGUGAUAAAGGUCUCAGCAACGCCACCUGUAAUGGCUUUCGUUUGUCACAGUUUGAGCUGGAGGAGAUCCAGGACCGCCGGAGGGCAUUGCUCAACUCCAUCAUGAUGUUUCGAAACAAGCUGUUCAAGAAUUAUCGCUCGCUGUCCAGCAAGGAGACUCUAUCGUCUCUGUUGGCGAUGGUUGACCUGUGUGACAUGUUCUAUGGCAGCGGCGUAGACACUACUGGUAGAUCUACUACAGCGGCCGGCUCCUGGCGGGAUGAACUGGAGAAGAUCACGUGCGCAGUGGACACGGUGCGUGACCUCUGUCCCCACAGCGGAAGUGACCUGCAAAAAGUGCAAGAGCGCUGUCCGUUUCAAGCGAGAACCAUCAGCGUACCAAAGCGUGUAGCAGUUCGGUUGAUCGGAAUGAGGUUGCUUCAGAGUGUUGCUGGCGCAGCUUCGCCAUUCCUGGCCAAAGGCCUGCACUCGAUGGAAGUCCACGCAGACAGCAGGUUUAGCUUCUUGACGGAGACCGAGACCGGCGAGAGGACAGCAGAUAUUCUGUCGGUGCACACGUCCCUUGUUGAAAACAUAAUUCAGCCAGUAAAGUCCAAGCAAAAGAUGUCACCCGAGCAGAAGCGGGUUUUCGACGCGCUUCUCGACUGCCAUCCACAAAAGAACUUGAAGUCGAACACACAGGCGGCCAGGACCUUUGCAGAUCAGCUGGAGUCACGCCUGAACCAGCUAUGCGGUAAGAAUGGCCUGCGCAAUCAAGUGUGCCACACAUCCUGCUCUCAACUCCCUGUCACCACUUUGGUGAAGCUUCUGGAGAAGGCUCGGCAGUUGAUUCAAAUUCUAACUGGCGCAACGUCGAGCCCAGAGCUUUCAUCCGUAGCUAAACAUGUCCUGAUGCUGAAGUUGUCCGGUACCAGCGAAGACAUACAGAUAAAUCUCUCCCUGGAAGAAGAAAUCUCAAAUCUAGCGAUAUCAGAGCAACAUCACCUACUCCAGCCAAGAGCUAAGAUGCUGUUUGGGCGUAGCGAUCUCGUGAACAGCGUUGUCUCAUCACUUGCCACUCAGCCUGGGGCCGUGGUGCUAUGCGGCCGCGCUGGGGUGGGCAAGACGGCUGUAGCAGUGGAGGUGGCACACGCACUACGGCAAGCAUACCCACAGCAACACUGGAUAUCAGCAACGUCGGCUGCUUCGCUGUGUGAUGGCAUAGCACGACUUGGACAACACGUGAAGGCUGCAUCAUCAGCAGAGGGCAGUCUGAGCCAGGCGGCUGGCAUUGAGUUUCUGAGAGAAAGUCAAGGUCUUCUUCUAGUUAUUGAUGAUGUGCGUGACCCUAGCCUCAUCGCGUCAGUGUUACGCCUUCCGCACGAGGUCUAUCGAAAACAUGCGUUCAUUCUCACAUCGCUCAUUCAGAACACUGAGCUAUGGACAUCAGCUCUGCGUUGUAUUGCUGUGCACAAGGUUCCACCGCUUGCCACCGAGGAUAGCCUCCGCUACCUAGCCCAGCGCUGUCCGACUGCAGCGUUCACAGCCUUUGCCGCUAAUCCAGCGUCAAUACAUUUCAUCGAAGAUCAGCUACAGAACUGCCCUCUGGCGUUGGAGCUGACUGCCCGCCUGUUGCGACAGAAGCAUGACAUGCUUGCGGUGCAUAGGAUGUUUAGUGGCCCAUCGCAGGACACCGCCACACUGCUAAGCAUCCAAACCCAGGAUGGUGAAAGUCGCUUCAGUCGCUGCCUGUCCACCACCGUGAAAAUGCUGUUGAGGCAUGUUUCAAGCAAGGCAACAAUACUGCUCCACGCCCUAGCACUGCUUGCUGGCGAAACGUGUGACAUCCCGUGGUGGAUUUUCUGCCAACGAGAAGAGGCCGUUUGUGCAGUCUCGAGCCUUGCCGGCUGCGGGAAUUUCCUCUUCUGCAGUUGCACCCAAGCCAGCGAAGAACGUCAGUUAGCACUUCAAGAACUGGAAGGAGUAGGGCUAAUAGAGGUCAGCUAUACACCUGAAGUCACAGCCAUGAUAACUGUUCCUCUUCUGGUGCAGAAAGUGCUCAAUGAUGAACUUGGCUGUAACUCGAUAUCCGUCGGUUCACCGGACUGCAGACUUUAUGGAGAUGAGCAUCUGUGUUCCCUUCUAAUGACUUACGUCCUUCGAUUACUAUGUGUCAUAAGUGAAGAUGACCCUGCUAGGAUGCUGAAAACGUUCUCAUCCCUAUUUCCGGUUGUGAAGGGCUUGGUGAAUCACCCAGCGCCACCGUCCACCGACGUCGCAGAGUCCAAAGUCAGGCUGCUGAUUUGGCUGAGCCGUAGCUCUUUCGCACUGCACCAUGACUGGUCGUCGGCUAUUUCGUAUCUGCUGUCGGCGUUGGAGAGCGGUAGCACAAGCGUCAACCCGGGAGAAGAGUGCGUCUUGCAACUAGAGUAUGGUGCACUACUCUGGCGCGUCGAGGAGCACAGCACAAGUGUGGAUGUCCUUGAGAAAGUACUCGCCAAUAUACAGGAAUGGGAUCAUCUGGAGGUGUUUGUUGAUCCAUUCGACCCCUCUAUUACCUACACGAAGUUCUACCUCCAAUCCAUGGCCCACCAGGAGCUAAUCAAUGCAUCCAAUGGUAGUCCCCACUGGGAGAAGGUGGCAGUCUCCUUCGUGGAUUCGAUCAACAGUAGCAAGCUCUACAAAGACAGUGAUUACAGUGAGGCAGCCCUCUCCACGAAGCCAGGGUUUGGCAUGUUAGCCUGCCAAAAUAGCGUUGUUCCUCAAUCUGAACAACUGCUGCCCGCAGGAUUCACUGAUGGCUGCCGGGUUUGGUUGAGUGGUGACACUACUGGUGGCCUUGAUGCCAUGCUCGCUUCCGUCAUUGAAGCAUACGGUGCUGCGGUGGACGGCGAUGGCCGUCUUCCCGUGCGGGCAGUGCUACCAUUGUACUUUGUCGGUGAGCUGUGCAUGGCGUGCAAAGAGGAUGAAGCAAUGGAGUUCUUCACUGCUGUGUGUAUAACCUUGGUAUUUUCCUGUGUACCAUCCGUUGCACCCAAACCGAAUGGAUUUACAGCACUGAAAAAGGCCUUCUCUCGUCCUGAUGUCACUCAGGCCAUCACCCAGACCUUCAAGCAGAAUUUCAUGGGAAAGCUAGAAGCCUUGUUUCGGCGGCUGAUUUCACGAUGCUUCAGUAGCUUCGAGUUCAUUGGCAUGCUGCCACUUCAGAAUUCUCUGGAAGACGUUCUUGUGCAGUGCAUUCAGUUCAUGUCUAGAAUGGCCCAGGGAACAAUGUGCUCCGUUGCGAACCUCUGUCUUGGUGCUUUGCAGUACCAUCUCGAUCCAGCGGAAUGCCAGACAUUCCGUGCAGAAAUGGUCAGCCGGCGGCUGGAGAAAGCGAUGAGACAGAGGAGCUUAACAGUACAAAGCGCAAGGGGCGCAGAUAACAUUGCUGUACAGUUUGUGCUGACCUUCCUGGAAAAUAGCUCUGAGCACGCGUUGAACACUCGAGAAGGCUACAUCGAAGACAGCUACAGUGUGGUCGAAUACGACGUAGAUGGAUUUUUCAAAGAGGCUGGAGAGUGGCUGGAGCACGCACCCAGCAACAAGGGCAGCGGCCACCCCGUGCAACAGACCCAUGGGAACACGGAGAAGCACGGCAGCUGUGCACAUGCCCAGCAAGCCAAGGCCAACGGCGAAAAGCCUAUGGCUGCUGCCAAUGCGCUUCACGCGCUGAGAACGGACGAUGUUCAGCAGGGUAGACCAAUGCUCGGAGAAUGCAACACCACAUCCUGCUGUGCAGCAGCAGCGGACACCAAAUGUAACUUGCCAGGUGACCAUGUACAAGGUCUUGUUGACACAGUUCAGACGGAGCUCGCCAGCCUGGGAGUAGAGGUAUCGCAUCCCGUGCUGUAUCAGCUGGCGCUGACGUCGGCCGUUUCUGAAAAGGAGCAGCUACUCAACGCAACACUGGACAUGCUGCACUAUCAGUGACACCCUUGGACAAUGGCAGCUAUGCAUCACCUUCCCGCCGUUUGGCUUGUGGGGCAAGUCCACUUCAGCCGUACACACUGUGAUACCAGCCCUGCAUAAAAGGUCCUGAACUAUGUACGUUUAUGCUCACGAAUGUACUAGAGCUGGCUGUACUUGCCAAAUAUGGGACAAGUUGCCGCGCGAAAAGGCUGCAGCCAUGUUUUACACAUAGGUGCCAUUCCACCGCCGUAUCGGCAGGCCACAGGCACAGGCCCACUCUCAUGCAUUCACAGGAACACUAAAAUUAAAGCGAACCCCCCCCCCCCCCCCAACCUUCUAUUCGCUGGUGGCACAUUGUCAUUUGCGGACAGCAGCUGAGCUUUGAGAUCGCAACGAUAUAAUUACGAGAUGCACUAUAGCCACUGGAAAACCAUAGGCAGAACAGCGCAGCAUAAACGUAACAUUCUCUCCACACAUAGCAUGCAGUAUGUUGUCAUCAUCUUCAGCGCACCAGUUAAAGUAAUACAGCUUUCUAACGAUAAAGAUUAUCUCCAUUUUUUCAUCUGACUUGAGAAUGGUGCGACUUAUUUUUCUCAAUUUACUGUACAUGUACGAGUAUUUCCCUUUGACCAUGCUUGAGAAAGUAAAACGAUUUUUCAUUUAUUUUCUGUACAAGACCAACACGCCCUACAGAGCACGACAAUGUCACCACCUACGUAAAGCAUAUCACAUUAAUUGAUGGUGACUACAUGCACUGGUGCAUCUAAGUCCAGUUCUUCUUACCCAAGGGCUCUAAUAGCUGCCAGCAUAGUUAUACCGCCAAUGCUAAGUUUUCCCGAGACUACA